GCUCCACACACACACAUCAUCACUUGCACACACACCAGUCACAGCUCACCUCUCUCUGCUUCUGGACUUUCAGACAGAUCUGUGAUCCUCCUCUGCAUCUGCAGGAAUAAUGCAGUGCAGUGGUUUAGGAUGGAGAGAGGAGCAGAACUGGACUCUGUCUCUCUGAGGAAGAAGAUGCUGAAGGACCUUCAGGAUCAGAGGGGAGCUUCUCAGUAGGUGAACUCAACAUUGUGUGAGACUGUGGACUCUCUGCGUAAACUGGAUGUCGAGGAACAGAUCCAUCCUCUUAUCCCCACAGCCGGACACUGACCCUCCUCAGGAUGUCUCCAACUCCUCCCUCUUCCCCCCCUUGGCCGAAUGGGAGGCACCUGCCUUCACACGGGCGGCCCAGUUCCGUGUCGCUGCCACGCUGGUGCUGUUCCUCUUUGCAGCGGUCAGUAACCUGGCUCUGCUCAUCAGCGUAUCACGGGGGCGGGGCCGACGCCUGGCCUCUCACCUGAGGCCACUCAUCAUAAGCCUGGUGGUGGCUGACCUCAUGAUGACCUUCAUCGUGAUGCCGCUGGACAUGGUGUGGAACGUGACGGUGCAGUGGUACGGUGGUGACGGCCUCUGCAAGCUGCUCAGCUUUCUGAAGCUGUUCGCCAUGCAGGCGUCGGCCUUCAUCCUGGUAGUGAUCAGCCUGGACAGACACCACGCCAUCCUGCACCCCCUCGACUCACUCAACGCCCACCGGCGCAACAGGAGGAUGCUGAUUCUGGCCUGGAGCCUCAGCCUGCUGCUCGGCUCGCCGCAGCUCUUCAUCUUCAGAACAAUCAAAGCAGAGCGUGUGGACUUCACUCAGUGUGUGACCCAUGGCAGUUUCCGUGAAAGGUGGCAGGAGACCGUCUACAACAUGUUCCACUUCGUCACGCUGUACGUCAUCCCGCUGCUGGUCAUGAGCUGCUGUUACACGCACAUCCUCAUCGAGAUCAACCGGCAGGAGCACAAAAAUAAAGCUGGUGAAUCGUGCCUCCGACGCAGUCGAACUGAUAUGAUCCCCAAAGCGCGGAUGAAGACGCUGAAGAUGACCAUCAUCAUCGUCAUGUCCUUCAUAGUGUGCUGGACUCCAUAUUACCUGUUGGGGAUCUGGUACUGGUUCCAGCCGGAGAUGCUAAAGGUUACUCCUGAGUACGUCCACCACCUGCUGUUUGUCUUUGGCAACCUGAACACCUGCUGUGACCCGGUCAUCUACGGCCUGUACACGCCUUCCUUCCGCGCUGACCUGGCUCGAUACUGGGGCUGCCGGCGGACGGGGGACUCUCCUCGCUCUCUGGAGCGACUGUCCGGCCGUCAGGGUCCACACAGCGGGGAGCAGGAGUCUGACCCACCCAGCAUUAAAGGGGCUGAGGGGUAAAGAGAUACAUGUGGACAAGGAUGACCUUCUGGAGCGCUGUACAGACCCUCAGGCUGAAGUGCAUACAGAACCUGAUGGUGAAGUGCAUGGAGGGUUCAAAGGAAGCUAAUGACUCCCUGCUUUCCUACAAGACCUUAUCAGCUCUCCUAAGCAAUGUGAGGAACAUGUUUCAAGCACUAGAAAUGCAGUCAUGCUGUUAUUGAUGUUCAUGCACCAUUAUGUCCAUCGGUUGCAGCAGCCUACGUGCCGCUGCCUGGAGUACGCAUGGAAAAUGUUGCUGUGGUAAUGGCGCACUCUUGCAGAGUGGUCUUCACGUCUGCAUGAAUAAGUUGAGCCUCAAUACUCCUCAUUAAAUCACACACUGUUCUCGUUUUCAAGCCUGAAGGUCACCACACUCCUGCCUGACCUGCAGGAAUGAUCACAACCGCUGUGCUCAGAUGAGCUGCCCCAGUAUCUGCAGCUUAAUAUCCUCAGACGGUGUGCACAGAGAGCGCAGCGACUGAUUAGCAGGGAUAAAGGCUGUAUAAGCCAGCACAGCACUCCAGCAGCGACAGAUUGUGGGCAUUAGCUUGUUUGGCAAUUUUGAAAGAAUCUGAUUUCAUACGGCGCUGCAUUGAAAAUGGCUUAGUGUGAAGUUUUGUGUGAGUUUAUAUUAACGGCACGGCCUUCGGAGGGCCACCAGUACACUUGCAGUAUUAAAAGCACUGUGAGCUUGAUGUGCCUGGCUUUUUUGUAGCACUGUAGGUAUACUUGAAUAAUAUGUGGCCAGUAUAACCUGAUCAGUGUAAUACUAAACACAAUGAUUAGUGUAAUUCAGUAACACUGUUUCUGACAACCUGUUAAUGAUGCCUCUAAUGUAUAGUACUGUGCAGAUGUUUUAAACACCUUUACGAUUCAAAUAAAAAAAAGCUCACUAUCUGGGAUGAAGAUGUUCGGGCACAUCUUACAUCCCGCCAAGAGUCUAUUUUCACAACUUGCACCUGUCUCUGUCUUAAAUAGCAAGAAGCUUGUGAAUAUAUUGACGAUGGGUGUUGCGGUCUCAAAGUGAGGGGUGUUCAGGUAAAUUUCUGG